UACUGUGAUGGACAUGGCUGCAGCACUGAACCUUUUUCCUGGCUCGCCCUCAGCACACUCUGUGAUGUCUCCUCCUGCUUUCAACCAACCCAUGUCCCCUACUGCCAAUGGAAUGUCUCAUCCGUCUGCACCAUGGCCUCAGCCAAAUGUCCCCGCUCUUCAUCUACCUGGAAGCAAUCUACAGUCCAGCCGCCUGAGGUCUUCCCUUAGUGCACGUGACAUUCCGCCUGAGGAUUUCAACAUGUUGCAUGAUUUUGAUGCACAGCAACUAGUUCUGAAUGACAUGGCUUGUUAUUCACAGCCACAUCCUAACUCUUUGAACCGAUCUGGUCGGUCCAAUACACUAACUCCUUCAAAUCUUGAAGAGCUAUUUUCUGCCGAGAUUACCUCUUCUCCGCGGUAUUCUGAUCAGGCAGCGGCUUCUGGUGUUUUCUCCCCAUCACAUAAGUCGGCUUUCUUUAAUCAGUUCCAACAACAGCAGAGCAUGCUUUCCCCAAUUAACACUAAUGUCUUUUCUCCGAAAAACAUGGAGCAUCCUCUUUUGCAGGCUUCUUUUGGUGUUUCAUCACCUGGAAGGAUGUCCCCAAGAAGCAUGGAGCCCAUCUCACCUAUGAGCGCUCGCCUUUCAGCAUUUGCACAGCGUGAGAAGCAGCAGCAACAGUUGCGCAGCCUCAGCUCCCGUGAUCUUGGUUCCAAUAAUGCCUCCAUUGUUGGAUCCCCAGUAGGUAAUUCUUGGUCGAAUUGGGGCUCUCCCACUGGAAAGGUUGACUGGUCUGUGAAUGGAAGUGGAGUUGGACGCAUGCGCCGAUCAUCUUCUUUUGAGCAGCUCAACAAUGGAGAGGAGCCUGAUCUAUCAUGGGUGCAAUCUCUUGUCAAGGAAUCACCAUCUGAGAUGAAAGAGAAGCAGGCAGCUCCCAUUUCGGGUACUGUGCCAUCUGGUGAGAGUCUGAGCAAAGUUGAUUCAGUUGAUCAUUCAGUUUUAGGAGCUUGGCUCGAGCAGAUGCAACUUGAUCAGCUUGUAGCAUAGCAAGACAACGAUUAAUUCAUUAUCGCAUUUAGCCAAACAAAUCAAAUUCAUAGGGUAGUAUAUAUUAUUUUGGUGGGUACAACUUUUUGUUGAUGGGAGGCGAAAGUUUGGGAGAAGCAGGGAAAAAAAUCUAGGGGGGAAGGCAAUCAUAACUUUCCAAUUAUGUUUUCUAUUCAAUUCUAAUCGUUCAUUUGUUUACAGCAAGAGUUUCAAGUUGUCUGGGCUGUAUUAAAGAUAACUCAGUCCAGGUUUGUUGAAUUCAUCCUUGUAUUUUUCCAUAAUCCUAGGUCUAUUUUUUGUCACUCCCAAAUGAAACUACGUAGCCUUAUAGUUUUAUUUCCCUGCUUCUUUAUUUCUCCUGAACAAAGCACCAUUAACAUUUUCAAGGUCCCUAGUUCGGAUUUUCUGGUGUUUGGUAGGAAUGGAAUGUCUUUGAUGAUGUAAAACACAGCAAAAAUGUUUACUGUUGUUUCAUUUUAAUAAAGUAGUGCUUUUUAAUUAA